CGCUGACCUCGUCGACGCGAACGACGCUCUACCUACUCCUCCAACUACGGUCGAGGAUGCGGCGGAAGAUGCUCUCAUGACACAAGGUCCAGAACCUCAGCCAGCAGAGGGCGCACCCUCAGACGAAGAGGACGAAUCCUCGGACGACUCUGAUGAUUCCGACUCUGGUUCUGAGGACUCUGACUCUGCGUCCAGCAGUGCCGCUAGCUCUUCGUCCUCAUCAUGUCCACCCGAAAUGACGCUUGAAGCACUUGAGGGCUUGUGGAGGAAAGCGCGAGACAUCGCCGCCGCUGCAGAGAAGGAAUCAUCAUCGCGGGACGCGAUCGACGAGCAGGAGGAUGUGAUACAGCUGGACACAGAGCCGGGCGCGGAGGAGUUCAAAAAGCAACGCCUCCCCCGCCUCGAGCUCUCCACCGCGGACAAGUCCUACUUCACCUUCGACCGCAUAGGCAAGGGCAAGGUCCCCCUCUCCCUCCGCGACCCCGAGAUAGAGCGCGCCGAGAAGGCUAUGGCCGACUUCGCUGCGCCCGCGCCGCCAGAGGGCCCGCCAGAGUUGACUAAGUCGGGCAAGCCGUUGACGAAGAGGGAGAAGAAGGAGCUCAAGAAGCGCACCGCAGGCCCCGCCUGGUUCGACCUCCCCGCGCCGCCCGAGGCCGACCUGCCGCGGCUGUAUCGCGAGGUCGAGGCGCUCCGGCUGCGGAACCAGCUCGACCCGAAGCGCUUCUACAGGAAGGACGAGGGCGAGGGGAAGGGCAUCAAGGGGCUGCCGAAGCAUUUUGCGAUCGGCACCAUCGUCCCUUCCCCACUCCCCUUCGGCGGCGCAUCGUCAGAAAACCUCACCCGCGCGGAGCGCAAGCGCUCCCUCGUGGACGAGCUUGUCGACGACGCGGAAGCCACACGGUAUGCGAAGCGCAAGUUUGGGGACCUGCAGGGCAAGAGGGGGGCGGCGGGAAGGAAUACGAGGUUUGGGAAGCAGAGGAGGACGAAGUGGUAGGAGAGAGGCGUGGAGGCUAGGAGGAGGGGGGAAGAGCAUGUACAUGUUGUACUACCUGAUGCUGUGUACUGCGAUAUCGAUGCGCGCGGUCAUUCGAACCUACCGUUGUGCA